AUGGUCCUUGAACUUCAUAUUUGGGGUCCAUCAUUCGGUCUCCCGUCUAUUGAUGCACAAUGCUUAGCUACCAUUGCAUAUAUGCAACAAGUUAUCCCACGUGGUCAAUGGUUUCUCGUUGCUAGUAGCAAUCCAACCCUCAGUCCCACAAAUGAAUUACCUGCUUUGAGAGAUAGGGAGAAUGGGGAUUGGGUGGGAGGGUAUAGAAAUAUCAUCAAUUUUAUUACAGAAUAUUCAUCUGGGAAAUGGGAUAUGGAUGCCAGUUUACGAGGGCAAGAAAAGGCCGAUUGUACAGCGUAUUCUGCAUUUAUCCAAAUGCAUGGACAACCAUUGCUAGAUCUCUCACUUUAUGUUUCCUCACAGAAUUAUACCGAAAUCACACGUCCAAUUUUCAACACCAUACAAUCUUUCCCCUUACCAUAUCUCACACCACCUCAUCUUCGAACCGAAGCCAAGAAAAGAACUGAAUAUCUAGGUCUAUCUUCUCUGGAUAUCGAUACCGAAGAUGGUGAUAAAUCAAGAGAUUCAAGUAUUAUCCCCGAAUCUCUUAGGAGGGGUAAACAAACCGUCUCAAGUUUACUUGCUGCAUCACCUGAAACCAAUGCUCAAAUCAGACUUGAUGCAUUAGCGACUGAUUUCUUCGAAUCAAUCCAAGAAUUAAAAGGAAAGAAAAGAUAUCUCGUUUCAGACUCCCAAAUCUCAAGUCUAGAUUGUUUGGCCUUGGGUUUCAUAUCACUUAUGUUAUAUCCGGAGUUACCACAACCAUGGCUUUCAAGAACCAUGAGAAGAAAGUUUCCGCUUCUGGUCAAGUGGGUGCAAGAGCUGAAAGAUGAGAUGUGGCAUGCUGUGGUUACGCUGGAUGAUGCAAUGCUUACCCAAAGUUCUGCAAAUGCUGUACAACAGAACAAAAUUUUACCGUGGCAAGCGCCCGAAUCUUGUGGUAUCCUAAAUGUCGGAGGUAUUUUUUGGACUAGUCUUGCAGAUUCGUUACCGGUUGUAGGACAGCGGAGAAAAGAUAAUCGUAUGCAUCGAUAUAGUGGUGAAGCGGGAAAGGACUCGAGUAGUAGUAGUGGUAGUAAUAUCUGGACAUAUAUUACCACGGCAGGAAGUUUAGUCGCUGCUUUUGGACUAGUGGCAGGUUAUGCACUACAUGAGGGUUUAAUACAGAUACCUGAACAUUGGCCUGGCAAGAAGGAAAAUGAAAAUGAGAAUGGGAGUAAGAGUGGAAAUACACAAAGUUUGAAUGAUCUGGGAGAAGCGGGUCAAACACUUUUUGCUUUUGCGGAUCACAUGGAUGAGAGUUUUCAGAGAGAGAGACAAAGAGAGUUGGAGGGGAGUAAUAAGUCGAUUGUUGAGGUUGAUGUUGAUGUUGGGAAAGAUGGGAUUGUGAGGUAG